AUGAGGCAUCUCACGGUGAUUCUGACGGCUCUUGUCGCCGCUUCUGCCACCGUCGCCAGCAGCUGGUUUCCCGGCACAAAGGCUGCUUACAACAAGUGGCACGAGUCGGAGCUCGAACGCUGGCUCUCUGACCAUGACGUCCCGUAUCCCACGGCGGCUGAUCGUGCCGAUUUGGAGGCGCUUGUCGACAAAAACUGGAACGAUUACAUCGUCGAACCUUACAAGAAAUGGGACACGGCUCAACUGAGCAACUUCAUCCAUGCCAAGGGCAAAGAGGCGACCGCCGAGGCCGACGAGACCAAGGACAGCCUCGUCGCUCAGGUCAAGGCCAGCUGGUACGAAACGGACGAUAAUGCUCGCCAGGCCUGGGCCAGUGUCAAAGACUGGAUCUUUGACAGUUGGACUGAAAGCCAGCUCAAGGCCUUCUGCGACAAGAACAACAUUCCUGUCCCUCAGCCACGUCAUCGAGAUACUCUCCUCCAAAAGGCUCGCUCUGGUUAUGAAACAACCGCGAAGAAGCUGGGCGAGACUGCUGCUUAUCCGGGCAACUGGCUCUACACGGCCUGGUCCGAGUCUGAUCUCAAGUCUUGGCUCGACACCAAUGGGUUCCCGGUCCCUCAGCCAUCAACACGAGACAAGCUCGUCGCCGCGGUGCGCCGGAAUUCUCGGCUUGCCUAUCUCAAGGCCCAGAGAGACGCUGCCAGCGCGACUGCCAGUGCCCAAGCCGCGUACUCGACGCUGACUGACAUGAUCAUUGAUGCCUGGGGCGAAUCUCAACUAAAGGAGUUUUGUGACAAGAAUGGCAUUCCCGUCCCACAGGGUACUCGGGCCAACGAACUCCGCGCCCUCGUUCGCAAGAACCGCGCCGAGAUCCUUGGCGAUACUGCUGGCGCCAGUGCAUCUUCAGCCUUCGGUGCCGCCACAUCCAAGGCCAGCAACCAGUUCGCCAAGGCUUCGGAUGAUGCUUCGCUGGCGGCCCAGGAUGCGUUCAACCAGGCAGUGGGAGCAUGGUCCGAGAGUCGCCUGAAGGCCUACCUCGAUUCUCGUGGCGUUCCCGUUCCCCAGAUGUCCAAUGUGGACGAGCUUCGGGCGCUUGUCCGCAAGAAUUCCCACAAGGCUUGGACGGGCGGCAAUGCCUGGACCUUUGAUGACUUGUCACGCAAAAGUUUGAAGAAUUACUUGGCCAAGAACGGGGAUGCGGCAGCCAAGGCUGCGGCUGAGAAGAAGGAUGCUUCUCGUGACGAGCUGCUUAGCGUGGCACACUCGGCUUACUCGUCGGCUUCGACCGCAGGCGGGGCCGGCUUUGCUUCCAUGACGAGCGCCAUCGCAGCGGCCACUGGAACUGCUAAGACGGAUACUUUCGAUGCUUGGUCGGACACCGACCUCAAGGCAUAUCUCGACAGCUAUGGCGUCCCUGUUCCCCAGGGAUCCAAGGUCGAGGAGUUGAAGGCUUUGGCCCGCAAACACUCGACGUACUUCAAAUAUGGCACAUCGUCUCCUGGCGGAACGCUCUUCGCUAAGCUCGAGGAGACGGCCAAGGAUAGCUGGAAAUGGGUUGCUCAGCAGCUCAAUCUGGGUAACCAAGCGGCUCAGGACAAGGCAGCCGAAGCCGAAGCAGCAGCCAAGGCUAAAGCUAAAGAGGCCAGGGAGGAGCUGUAA